AUGGCGGGGCGCCCGGUGCUGCUCCUGCUGCUGCUGCUGCUGGCGGCGACCCCGCGCUCCGCCCGCGCCUGUCCCGGGAGCCCCGGCCCGGCCCCGGUGAGCCCCGGCCCGGCGGAGCGGGGGCUCCGCCUUGUGGGGGGACUCUCGGGGUGGGCUCGGGGGUCGCUCUCCGGUUCCAGGACCGCUGUGAGCCCCGGUCCUCCCCCGCCUCAGGCCGCCGCCGCCGCCCUGGGAGCGCUGCUCCGGUCCCUGCGGCGCCCCGGCCGCGCCCCCGGGAGCGCUGCCCUGUCCCCCCGCAGGUGGGGCUGGGGGCCGCAGGGGAGCCCCCAGGCCCGGCUCAGCCCCCGCAGCUGGGACCCCCCGGUGGCCCCGUUCUGGACCAUGGCGACCCCGCAGCGCUUCGGCCGCCGCCGCUGA